AUGGAUUCAAGAUCUAGCUCGUUAGAUAAAGCUUCUCAAUCUUCAUCUCUUACUCGAGGCCAAGCAUGUAUAAUCUGCAGGCGUAAGAAGAUGAGAUGCGAUGGUGCUCGUCCAUUCUGUGGACCAUGCUCUCUGACCAAGAAACCGGAGCACUGCGAGUAUACGGAUAGACAAGGCCGUACAUUCAUGGAAGUUUUAGAAGAGCGGCUCCGCAUACUCAAGACCCGGAUUAGAGAAUUAGAAGAGCAGCAAAGGGAUGAACCUGUCCUUUUACACAACCCGUAUCCGCAGGCAACGGGUAUGUUAUAG